AUGGGUACCGAAUUCAACCCAUUUAGUGAACUUGUGGGCCCAGCAACUGGUCAGCACGAUUCUGGAGAUCUUAGACAAAACAAUGAAAAGGACGUCAUUCAGGAUAUUUUCCUUAUUUCGUGUACCCGCGAGCCUCACACCAAACCUUGUUUAUUGUUGAUUGGAGACGCGAAUCAGACGCUGACUUUAGAAUCACUUGACCAGAUCCUGUUUGACAGGCUAAACUUAGCCACAAUAGCACCGGAAAGUGUUCUCCGCACGCCAACUUGCACUGAAGCGGAAUACCACUCAGCAACACAAUUGGAUCCAAUCGUUUACCUCUUUGACUGCUACUGCCGUUCCAUUCUAGUUUGUCAUAAACCGACUGCCUCUUCUCCCGUGGACUCCACCGCUGAACUGGCCAAAGCUUGUCAAAGCGAAAUUUUUAAGCAGGCCGCGCUCUCCCUUCUCCUCGAUGUCGAACUAGGUGGUGAAGUUCGCUGCCAAAGUUUGUUUCGGCUGCUGUUGGACAACUCGGGCCCGCAAAGUGAUCUUAAUCAGGUCGGCCAGCUUGAUGCGUUUAUGGCCGGUCUCGUGGCUGCCACACAGAGCCAGGCCGAUGGCGAGGAUGUAUCAGCGGAUGCUCUGGUCAACUUGCCCCUGAGCGAUUCCCAGCUGACGGCAUUCCGACCACUGGUUCGUGAAUUAACUCAGCGACUCAAGGAUUUAGGCAAAAUUGAUGAGGCUGGAUCGGAGGCGCCUCCAGGCCCACUGCAAAUUGCGCUUGGUCUGCACAGGAGGCCCAAGCCGAAGGUUGGUCGCCAGGCGCGCCUGCUCUUCCUCCCCGAACGGAACACACUUCUCAACCUGACAACCUGGUUGGCCAAGUAUCCCGUCACUGCCCAGGUAAUCCAGUGA